AUGGACAAUGCAAAUCAGUCCGAAGGGGACGAGGAUCGUGUUUCGCCCACCGAAAUCAACCAGAUCCUCCGGCGCAAACGGAAAGCUCGCGAGCGUAGGGCCUGCUACCCAUGUCGACAGCGCAAAGUCAAGUGUAAUUACGAGACACCCUGCCAACGAUGCAUUGAUCGCGAUCAUGUAAACCUUUGCUCCUACCAGCAGGUGCCGAAAGCAGUCGCCGACACUCCUUCGACCACAAAGGCCGCCUCGGUUAUCAAUGACACGCCUGGGCGAACGCUGGACUGGAACCAGCUAUGGUCGAAACUUCAGUCCAUGGAAGCUUCUCUCCGUGAUAUCAAGAACGAGAUAGCCGGCCACGUGCAAUUCUCGGAUAGGGCGGUCCCCUCUGUCAGACAGGCUAGUUUGCCUACUCUGAGCGAAAAAGGAGUAAAUACUGUUGCUUCUGCUACACCAGGAAUCCCCUCGCGGAGCGGGCUCGUUGCUGAUGGCUCGGUUCAUUUGGGUCGCAACUCGGUCCCAGCCAUGGCCGUGGCCCUUGGUGGUGGCAAUGACGAGGAAGCCUUGCAGACUGUGGUGGGAAAUACCGUCUUGCCUCUCUUCGGCCUCGACAAUGAAUCUGCCACCUACCCUUUCACCGACCUCUGGGGCUUGACCGAUACGGCCUCCCGGGUCCGGGAGGUGUGUAAAUUGAUACCCUCCGACGCUGAUUGCUUCCAGUAUCUGCGACACUAUCGUGACAAUGCCCAUGUCUUGUACCCGGCUGUCGUCGACAUUGAUCAAUUCGAAUCCGAGCUGACCACCUUUCUCCUCUCUCGCUCAAACUCUCGAUCUCAGCUCGGUGCCUACGUGGACGAGUCUUCGGAAAUAUAUGGCCGUACCGUCCAUUGGAUAAGCCUUCUGUUUGCAUGUCUGGCGUCGGGCUGCCAAUGCUCGUCCUUGCCACGAAAAGAACGGCAAUUAACUGCACAGGUCUAUGUCUGCUGUGCCUAUGAGUGUCUACGCAUCUGUAAUCAUCUGUCGAGACCGACUCCGGUGGACAUCCAGUCCCUUCUCGUGAUUGGGAAUGUCAUUGCGAACAACAUGAACGCUGGCGUUGCUUGGUCACUGCUCGGCCUUACUGUUAGAUUGGCUCAGACAAUUGGUCUGCACGAAGCAGCAGAGCUCUCGACGUUGCCAGAGCACGGACGCCUUCGAGAAGAGAUCUGGUGGCGCAUCGUAUGGCAGGAUAGCCUGCUCUCCAUCCUUUUCGACCGAUCCCCCGCGACCUUCACCAUCGCUUCCCGGCGCCAACACAGCGCCGCGAACCAGAACUCGGGGAACAUGUCCUACCUCGAAUGCAUGAAGAGGUUAUGCACAGCAAUCCUUGACAUUGUACGAGAACGAUCAGUUGCUGGCGACCCGACCCAGGAGGUCCCCCUCAUCCUAAAGCAUCGUGAUAGGCUAAACGCAAUUGUGACCGAUGCCGCACCUCAUUUGACGAACGUCUCUGCAUGCCGGUCCAUGAGGGACCAGCUCGAGCAUUGGAACCUUUCACUUCAUUUAUCGUACGUGAUGUUCGACCUGCAUCGAGCGGCACUUCGGCUUCACAGGGAUCCAGGACUAAGCCAUCUACGAGAAGCAUGCAUCAACGGCUUAGCUGGGACUGUUAACGCGUAUCUCGGUCUGCAAAGGGUGUCGUCGACUACCAGAACUUCAUGGAUCGCCAUGCAAAGAGCCCUCAGCUCCGCCCUCCUAUUAGGCAUCAUCAGAGAGCACACCAAGAGCAACCAUGUCCACGCUCUUCUUCAAGAUCUCUUGACGGUCAUGACGAACCUUAAUUCAGACACUGAUCCGACCGAAGUGCCAGCCCCCAUGGCAAGAGCCAUCAUGGCUCUUCGUAUCUUUUUGCAAGGCCCUGACGCCAUGGAGCUUGAUAAUAGUCCGUGGUCGUUCCUCGGGCCUGGGAGGGCAGAGAAGUCGGAACCGACCUCAUUAGCCUCACCUACGAUGUCCGACAAGUCGCCUUAUGGCAACAGCCCGUUCUCGCUUCUCGGGGAUAUCCUGUGGGGUACUCAAUCAAUGCACGUCCAGGGCUUGUAUCGACGAGCUUAA